UAUUCAUCAUUAACAAGUCUUUUUUCCCAUUUUUUUUGAGUCAAGAUGGUAUUAGAUUAUUCAAAAUGGGAUAAAUUAGAGUUAAGUGAUGAUAGUGACAUAGAAGUUCAUCCAAAUGUUGAUAAGCGUUCAUUUAUUCGUUGGAGGCAACGAGAUAUUCAUGAGAAGAGACAAGCACGAAAACAGGCUAUAUAUGAUCUUAACUGUAAUCUUCAGAUGAAUAAAGAUCUUAAAGAACAAGUUUUAAGAUUGAUUUGUGCAUUAAAAACAUCGGUGGAGGAGGACCCAGACAAAGUGAUUAUGAAUGUUUUGGAAGAGAUUUCAAUAGAAAACAUACCUCAUACAGAAGGGGCAGUGAAAUAUAAUGUAUCUAUUGGGAGAUUGAUUGAAAAGGUAAAAGAAACAUUGGGGGAAAUAGAAGGAGAAAAACGUCGUCAAGGAUUUAUAGAAAAAUUUGAAGAAAAUAUAGAAAAAUUAGAGGAAUUGGUUAAUAAAGCAGAGUGUGAUCUUGAGAAAUUAGAGGAGGAAGGAAAGGCGAAGAUUACAUCGGAAGAUAUACGAGUUGGGUUUGAAAGUUCUUCUAUAACAAAGCUUCCUACAACAAAGAAGAGAGAAAAGGUUCAAACAAUUGAAAUUCUUAAUAAAAAAGCAUUGGAGAGCAAAACAGAAGAAGAUGUACCAUUAACAGAAAAUGAUUCAAAUAUAGAUGAUAAUACAGAGCAUAUUGAACCAUCUGAAACAGGAAGGGAAUUUUCAAAAUUGGAUAGUCAGGAUUAUAGUGCUCUCCUCAAAUUUAUUAGUUUACAUCCUGACAUUGUUCUGGAUGAACAAGAAACGGACGGGUUAUUAAUUGAUGCAUUUAAUUAUCAAAUGCAAGGUAAUGAGACGUUGGCAAAACAAUGUGUUCAUCAAGGGCUACUUCUUCAAUAUUGUCGCCAAUUGGGAAAGGAUGGCGUUUCAUUAUUUUUUCAAAGGGUAACAUCAGCUAAUCAUGCGGCAUACAAGUUAUUUAAUGAUGAUGUGGAGCAAACAUAUUCUCGAAUUAAGGUUCGAGCAGCAGAAAUUAUGGAAGAACGUGAAGCAUCAUCUGGAGUAGAACAAAUUCAACUUCAUGCAGUUGAUCCUAAUGCUAAAAUCGCCAUUAACAUCCCAUCAAAAAAUUCAGAAGAUCCUAAUGUUCAAGAAGCACGCAAAAUAUUCGAAUCCUUUUCUUUAGAUUUACAAGAUGCAUUAGAAAGUGGUCAACUUGAAAAUAUAAACAAGGUACUUGCUAAUAUUCCAUUACAAGAAGCAGAAAAAAUUGUAGGAGACUUAAACAGAGGCGGAAUGCUUAGUAUUGAAAAUGAAAUGAUUGAUGCAACUAAAGGGGAUUUUUGUAUAAAUAAAGACAAAGAAAAUAUGUAAAGACAAUAUCAAUACGAUUAGUUAAUUAUAAAUAUACAAUUUAU